AUGGGCAUAAAAGGUCUGUGGACGGUGUUAACACCUUACAGCGAAAAAAAGGCUUUACACGAAAUUAGAGGUGAAACUGUUGCUGUUGAUUUAUCAGGAUGGAUUUGCGACAGUCAGAAUGUCACGGAUUACCAUAUCCAACCAAAAUUAUACCUGAGGAACCUCUUCUUCAGAACUGUUUACCUGGUGUUAGCUGAUAUAAACCCAGUAUUUGUGCUGGAGGGUGACGCUCCAGAGUUGAAGAGGGACGUCAUGGCUGCCCGCAAUGCUAUUCAGUUCAGGGGAGCUGCUCCAAGAUCUGACACUGCAAUAGCAAAGAAAAAACCCGAUGUUGCUAGGAAGAGAUUCAAAAAUGUUCUUAAAGAAUGUGAAUCCCUACUAAAGACUUUGGGUGUCCGCUGUGUGAAAGGCUCCGGAGAAGCUGAAGCAACAUGUGCGCAGUUAAAUGCCCAAGGUGUGGUUGAUGCUGUAGUUUCUCAAGACUCAGAUUGCUUUGCUUACGGCGCUCGGCGCGUGUAUCGUAACUUUAGCGUAUCUAACGCGGCCGGGGGCGGCGCGAUGCAGGGCUCCGUCGACUGUUACGAUGCUGACGCUAUGUUUAAGCAUAAUGGCUUCGGCCGCAACAAAAUGGUGGCGCUGGCUCUGCUCUGUGGGUGCGACUAUGGAGUUGGUGCGUGUGGUUCUUCAACGACCACUGUCGUAUCAUUCCUACACACUAUCCAGGAGAACGAUGUUGUACCUAGACUACUGUCUUGGGUGACGGAUCCCGAGCGCUAUGAAGAACAGACCCGUUGGCUGGCUGCGCCUGGCCGCUGCGAGCGAUGUGGUCACUUCGGCCGGCCGCACGGCAAGACUGGCUGCCCCGUGUGUGCCACGCAUCGAGGCUGUAAUGACACUGGACAUAAAACGAAGGUGACAGAAGUAAAGCGCGAACUGUCACUUCGUAACCGCGCCCUAACUUGCGGGGCUCCCUUCCCAGAGCCCAAAGUAAUGAAGGAGUUUAUGAAUAGGCCACCAGAUAAUAUAGACCUUAAUGCAUUGAAGAAUCCUACACCGAGUUUGAUACAAUUUAUUAAAUUAAUGACAUUUAAGUUGGACUGGUCAGAGCGAUACUGUGUGGAGAAGUUCUUACCAUUGCUUACGAAGUGGCAUCUACAAGACGACGUGCCUGGGAGGAGUCUCAAACCUAUACUGAUUAAGAAAAAGAGGAAUCCAAGAGGUGUGCCGAGUUUUGAUGUAGUGUGGUCUGACAUCAGUGGACUGUAUGAUGGACUUAUACCUGAUGAUCAGUUUGAAGAAGAUGAAGAUCCCUCCAUAGUAUGGACUACAACGGAAAGACAGGAUUUGAUGCGCAAAUAUUAUGCCGAUCUAGUUGAAGCAUACGAAGAGUCUAUCAAGAAACCUGUCAAAGAGAAGAAAACUAGAGGACGUAAAAAGAAAGAUGAUAAUGGAAACGCAAACCCUGACAAACCUAAGAGAAAAUAUAAUAGAAAACCUAAGAAUAUUGACCCUAUCGACAAUAUAAACACGUCUAUUCAGUCACUAGGCCUAAAAGAUACGGGCCCUAAUACAAGUGCAUUGAAUGUCAGUGUUAAAGUUAAUAAACUAAAGAGGAAAAUUAAAACGAAUACAAAAAAAGGUCAGAAGACUUUAACUAGCUUCAUUGCGCACAAAAAGCGAAAGGCGAGCGAGAAACUAAUGCAAUCUCUUAGACACAGCUUUAGGAGUUUGUCCGUAUGUGACGACUAUGCAAUACCCGACGAUAAUGAUGCCAAGUUUGAUGAAUUCUUAAGCGAUAAUAAAGAAAAUAAACUUAGUGCUCAUUAUUUAUCUUUACUUAACAAGACUGGAGAAGAAAGUGACGGUGACUUAUCAGCCAUUAUAGAUGGGAUAGUUACUAGGUCACCCGAUGUCAAGACAGUGCCCAUUGACAAUAAAUUAGUUAGGCUAGUGUUCGAAAAAUAUUCUACGCCACAGAAAAUGAGUAUGCGAAAAUCAAUAUUAAAUCAAAUUCAGAAUAAUUGUUCCACGCCUAGAGAAAGUCCGGUUAGGAAGAAUAGUUUAAGAUUUAGUAAUAACAAUAAUUCUAUGAUCACCAAAGUGAAUACAAGUUAUUUCUUCGACAAGUUGACGGAAGAUGGCGAUGCGUUUGAAAUGUCUUUGGAACACAGAAGCGUUGUGCAGUUAGAUAGUACUGUUGAUUACAGUUUACCUGAGGUGUUUUUGUAA